CUCUGGUGUUAUUUUAUUCGCUAAAGACGCAUUUAUAAAAUAGCGCACGCCUGUUCCUGUUUUCUGUUUUCCCCUAAAUAUAUUCGCCGUCGGUUUCGCGUGUUAUUUUGCCAUGUUAUCCAGUGUUGAUUCCAAAAGUGAUUUUAUCUUAGUCUUUAUUGAAACUUGUUUUGCUUCAGGUUCCUCUAUGUAUGUUUAGUUAUACCACAAAAAUGCCACUUUAUGUCAUCUAUUUGAUUGUUUUGCUUCAAGUUCCUCUAUGUAUGUUUAGUUAUGCCACAAAAAAUGCCACUUUGUGUCAUCUAUUUGAUGUGAUAUUAACAUCUGUCUUUUGUGUGUUGUAAAGCUCGUUCACGAUAUACGCAUGUUAUUCUUGUAGAACUGUUUAAUCGGUCGAAACUAAGAAACUAUUUUUACGUUUGGUUUGUGUUUACUCGUACAGUAUUGUCGAGCGCCCUCUAUGACAUUUACGGUAAUUACAAUUCUCUACUCUGAUUGGUUAUCAAUAUGUCAACUACAUGGGAGUGGGCGGUUUCACGUUCCACUUCCGCCAGAUUUCAAACGCCAUUUGUCGAACUGUUCGUGCUUACAUAUGAUUGGUUAUUUAAAGUAUAGGGGCGGGAACAUAACGACGGAAACCGGAAUGUCAUUUCGAGCAAGUACCACCAAAUACCAACAGGAGCUGACACAUCGCUACGGAAAACAUAUCAACGUGACGCAUAGAUUCUUCAGUUUUGAUAUACUGUGCUACUAAACUUCGGUUUCACUCAAAAGAAACAUCUUUCAUCCUUGGCCAAGCAGUCAAAAAGAUGGAUGGUUCAAUAAGUGUUAUUACCAAUCCUUCUGUUAACGUGCGCCUUACGACCACCAUAUCCUCCUUUGAGGUGAAGCGAAGGUUUGAUAGAGGGCUCUCCAUUGCAGAACUGAAGGGAAAACUGGAGAUGGUUGUGGGUGCUCCUGCCUCCAGCAUGGAUCUGGAGUUGUUCAGCACAUCAGACAAGCUGUUGCAGAAGCUGGAUGACGACAAUGCUUUGCUGGGCUCUUAUCCUGUGGAUGAUGACUGCAGAAUACAUGUUAUCGAUCGAAGUGGGGGCCAGUUGGGAGAGUUUACUGACGUCACCAAAGUGGAGAAGUUUGUUCUGUCAGAUGAUGCUUAUGAAAAGAGAUCAGGCACAGCGAGAUCCUUCAUGAAGAAGCAGUGCCUAGGCCGUUACAAUGAGGAGGAGAUGGCCAAGAAGAAAGCUGAGAGCAUUGCGAGGGAGCAGGAGCAGCAAGCAGCCGCUGAAGCCAUUUCCGUGGGCAGCCGAUGCCAAGUCCAAGUCCCUGGGCAGCCCACAAAACUUGGCACGGUCAUGUAUGUUGGCACAACAGAUUUCAAGCCAGGCCAUUGGGUGGGCGUCAAGUAUGACGAGCCAUUGGGGAAGAACGACGGCAGUUGCGAAGGGAAGCGCUACUUUGAGUGCGAGCAGAACUAUGGGGCGUUCGUAAAGCCGCUGAAUGUGACUGUGGGAGACUUCCCAGAGGAGGAUUAUGGUUUAGAUGAGAUGUAGGACGGCGAGGUGACAGUUGAUAUGAUGCAAAAACAUUGUUGAUAAUCUGUUUACUUUGCUUUUUCAAGAAGGCAUGAACCACAAUCUGGUGUUUGACUUGACUUUUUUUUUUCAAGAUCGAAGUUACUCAUAUUCUUGCCAAUGCAGCAGAAAUAACAGGCUUAUACUGUAUGUUCCUGGUUAUGCAGGAUAUGGUUCCGCAUGGGAUUCUUUCUGUGUGCUUCUGAUGUACCUGUUAAAUCACAUAAUUUAAAAAAAAACAACCUUUCUUGUCCUUCGCUUCAUGCCAUUGUGUAUGAAAUAUGUACUCUCGGCAUACUGUUUGUGCAAUAGUGCGUAUGUAUGUGUAUUUGUGUGUAAAGCAAUUCAGCAUACAUCGAUUCUCCGUGUAGAUACAUUCUGUAUUUCUCUUAUUUUUAUAUUAAUAAAUUCCUGUCAUUGAAAAUGUUUGCACUUUCAA